CCCGAAAUGGACGACAUAGGGGGCGGAUCAAUCCUCCUCAUCCUCAACGUGCCCGAAGGCUCCCUAAUCGGUAUCAACCUCCUCUCCUUCACCACCACCCCCCGCUUCCACGGCAUCAAGCACCUCCCCCCCGGUUUCCACUUCGUCUUCACCAGCGUCUCCAACACGCAGUCGAUCCGCCAGGGCGUGUGGGUCGAAGUCCCCCGAUCCGGAUCCCGCGCCAUCUCGCAAUACGGCCCGCACAUAAUCUUGAAAAAAUGGGACCCUACCACCGAAAGCCUUGUGGACGAAACCUCCGACUCUGAACGCCUUCGCCACCGCGCGAACCUCGGCGCCAUCUGGCGCGAGGGGCUGGUGCCGUAUCUGCAGAGCGCGGACACCGCGGACGAGGAGGCGCAGGAGCAGGGGAAGGAGGAGUGGGCACAGAUGACAACGCAUGUGUCCGCGAGGCUGCUGGACCGGGUGUUGGGGGAAAGGACGUGGGCGCUCAACUCGGCGAGCACGGCGCCGACGGACGCGGAGAAAAUUCCCGGGAUAUCAGCGGAAGAGCAUCAGGAGAAGGAGUUGGGGUUUUUGGUCGUUGAUUUGCGGAGGACGUGGAAGGAGGAUGCGACGGGGCGGGAGAGGACGGAGGCGGCGAGGGAUCGGAGUUGGGCGUUGGGGGAGGCGGUGGAGAAGCAUUGUUGGGGGAGUUGGGACGAGGUGGUGGGGGAGAUGGAGGUGGCGUUUCUUAUGGUGAUGACGCUGAAUAACUACUCGUGCUUGGAACAGUGGAAGAGACUCUUGGAGCUGGCGAUGACGAGCAAGGCGGCGGUGAAGGAUCACCCGGGGUUCUUUGUGGAUGUGAUGGAGAUGCUUAGGUUGCAACUCGAGAAGAGCAGGAAUGUUGAAGGCGGUGGGCUGUUCGAUUUGUCGGAUGAUGGAGCGCCAUUCCUUAAAGAUUUGCUAAAGAAGUUCAGGAGGGGGUUGGAUGAUCUGGAUGGGAAGGCGAAGGCGGACGUCUUGGAUGAGCUGGAUGAGCUGGAGCACUACCUCAAGGAAGUCCACAAAUGGGAGAUCGAUGCACCGUUUCUCCGGACGGGCAUUUUGGAGCUCGAAGACGGCGAGACGGUCGAGAUGGAUGCAAUGGGCAGGGAUGACGAGGACGAAGAAGGCGAAUAUGCCCCUCAAAUAGUCGAGCUUACAGCAGAGCAAGCCAAUGCUCUCGGUCACGAUCACCAAGCCAAGAAAUCGGAGGACGAGCUAGCACUCGCCGAGGAAGAAGAGGAAGAGCAAGACCUUGAAGAAAUGGAUGCGAGGUUUUGA